AUGGGGGACGAUGCCAGUGACAGUGACGACGGUGGCACCCGGAGGCGAGGGAACAGGAGGCAAGCGGCUGGACGAACCGCUUCAAAGGCAAGAGCCCGUGGCAAAAAAACAAGUGAAGAUGAGGAAGAUGAAGAGGAGGCCCCUAGAACAAGAAAGGGAGCAAAUGCAAAGAAGCCGACCAAGAAACGUGGCGGUGAUGAUGAUGACGAGGAUGAAAGUGAAGGGGAGCACCCCAAGAAGAAGCGAGGGGCAGCUGCCAAUAAGAAAAGAAGAGGCAAAACAGUGGACAGUGAGGAGGAGGACAGCGAUGUGCAGAAAGGUAAAAAAGGGAAAAAGGGAGGAGGAAAAAAAGGAGAAAAAGAGAAGGAUGACAGUAAAGGAAAGAAGGGUGAUCCCAAAGGGAAAGACAAAAAGAAGAAGAAGAAGGAAGAAAGUUCAUCUGACUCCAGUUCAAGUUCUGAUGAGGAGGAAGAAUCUUUGUCUGAAGGCGAGAUGGCCCAGCUGAUGGAGGAGGUUGAGGAGAAGAAGAAACUGAUAUCUAGUAUCAGGAAUAAACCAUGGAGGAUGAAGAGGCGACUCACACACCUCAAAGAAGCUCAAGAGUUUGUGGAUAAAUUUGAGGGAGCUCUCGGCAAAGGAAAAGGCAGGAAGUGGUACGCCUACAAAGUAAUGAUGACAAAGAAAUGGAUUAAGUUCCAGAGGGACUUUGAAAAUUUUAAAACAGCCUGUAUUCCCUGGGAGAGGAAGAUCAAAGAGGUGGAAAGUCACUUUGGGUCAUCUGUGGCGUCUUACUUUAUCUUCCUGCGCUGGAUGUACGGAAUGAACCUUGUUAUGUUCGGUUUUACUUUUGGACUGGUGGUUAUUCCUGAGGUUCUGAUGGGACUUCCCUAUGGAUCUAUUCCCAGAAAGACUGUUCCUAGAGCAGAGCAGGCCACUGCGCAAGACUACUCUGUCCUCAUGGACUUUAAUGGAUAUUGCAAGUACUCUGUCCUGUUCUAUGGCUAUUACAACAGCCAGAGGACAAUCGGCUUGCUGAAGUUCAGGCUACCUCUGGCCUACCUUAUGGUUGGGAUUGGAACGUUUGGGUACAGCUUGAUGGUCGUCAUACGCACAAUGGCAAAGAAUGCAGACCUCGGAGGCGGGGAUGGCGAAGACGGUGAGUUCACCUUUGCCUGGAAGAUGUUCACCAGCUGGGAUUAUCUCAUCGGAAACGCUGAGACGGCAGACAACAAGUACGCAUCGAUCACCACCAGCUUUAAGGAGUCCAUUGUGGACGAGCAAGAGAACCAGAAGGAUGAAAACAUUCAUUUGAGGAGGUUCCUUAGGGUCCUGGCCAACGUCCUCAUCACCUGUAGCCUAGGAGGAAGUGGAUAUCUCAUCUAUUUUGUGGUUAAGAGGUCUCAAGAGUUUGCUAAUAGAGACGAUCUUAGCUGGUAUGAGAAAAAUGAGCUAGAGAUCAUCAUGUCUCUGUUGGGCCUUCUGUGCCCUCCACUGUUUGAGACGAUUGCUGAACUUGAGGACUACCAUCCUCGCAUCGCCCUUAAGUGGCAGCUGGGGCGCAUCUUUGCCCUUUUGCUGGGAAACCUGUACACAUUUCUCUUUGCCCUCUUUGAUGAAGUCAACACGAAGCUGGAAGAAGAGCAGUCCAUAAAGAAUGCGACUAUACUGGCCAUGAAAGAAUAUUAUGAGAACUACACUCGCCUUGUCAAUGACACGGAGGCUACUCCACCCCCCAUGAACCCAGCUGAUGUCAUCAGAGGUCCUUGCUGGGAGACUGCUGUUGGCAUAGAGUUUGUGAAGCUCACUGUAUCAGACAUUCAAGUUACCUACCUGACCAUCCUAAUAGGUGAUUUUGCCAGAGCUGUCAUCGUGCGAUUCCUCAACUACUGCUGGUGCUGGGACUUGGAGGCUGGAUUUCCAUCAUAUGGAGAGUUUGACAUUAGUGGCAAUGUUUUGGGACUUGUCUUCAAUCAAGGAAUGAUCUGGAUGGGGGCAUUUUAUGCACCCGGUCUGGUCGGCAUCAAUGUUCUCCGCCUGCUGACAUCCAUGUACUAUCAGUGUUGGGCUGUCAUGGCCACCAACGUCCCUCAUGAAAGAGUCUUCAAGGCCUCCAAAUCCAACAACUUCUACAUGGGUCUGUUGCUUCUCAUCCUCUUCCUCAGUUUGUUGCCAGUGGUCUACACCAUCAUGACCCUCCCGCCCUCAUUUGAUUGCGGACCCUUCAGUGGAAAGGCAAAAAUGUUUGACGUGAUCAUUGAGACCAUCGACCUGGACUUGCCAGCCUUCAUCGGGACAUUGUUUGGCUAUGUGGCCAACCCUGGCCUCAUCAUACCAGCUGUUUUGCUCAUGGUACUUGCUAUCUACUAUUUGAACUCUGUUUCGGAGGCGUAUAAGAACUCCAACUUUGACCUGAAGAAGAAAAUGCAGAUGGCCCGCGAUGAAGAAAAAAACCGGAGGAACAACACAGACAGCACUAAUGAAGUUAUGAAAGAUUUAGAGGAUCUACUGCCAAACCGCUCUCUGGCACCCCCUGCUCCACCUCCGGAGCCAGAAAAGACACCAGAUCCAAAGCCAAUGAAAACCAAACCUGGGGCUGCUGGGAAAGGAGUUCACCUUCAGAAAGACGUGGCACUGGCAACAUCCAAUCCCUCCAGUCGGGAGCCAGUGGUUCGACCGCCUGGACCGAGAGAACAGGGUCCUGGGCGAGGGAGAGGGCGAGGCCGCGGGAGAGGAGCUCCUCUUAGAUAA